ACUGAACUCCUCUCAAGAAAAAAAAAUAAUUAAAAAUAAAAAGAAUUUAGGAACCGGAUGAUUGAUGAACCGGUCGCCAAGCUCCUGUCCGGGAAAAAAACGUUCUGUUUUCUUCCUUCGUUUUUUUGUCUCCUGAGAUCCAACCCUAGGAGCGCAGGCGAGAACUACAGACGCAAAAUUCAGAGAUCGCGUUGGAGAUUAUAGAGAAUUGGUACUGAAAUUGGAAUAAAAAACCUAGAUCUGAUUUUGAAAGGUGCAAAUUUUGACGAAUGGCAGGUGGCACAUCAAGCUUUUGGGGCCCUGUGACAUCUACCAAAGAGUGGUGUGAACCAAAUUAUGUUCACUCUUCCUAUAUCGCAGAGUUUUUCAACACCAUCUCAAAUGUUCCAUGCAUUCUCUUGGCCUUCAUUGGUCUUGUUAAUGCCUUGAGACAAAGGUUUGAAAAAAGGUUCAGUGUCCUCCACAUAUCAAAUAUAAUACUUGCCAUAGGAAGCAUGCUUUAUCAUGCCACACUGCAGCGAAUGCAACAACAAGGUGAUGAGACACCAAUGGUAUGGGAAAUGCUACUUUAUAUUUACAUCCUCUACUCACCAGACUGGCAUUACCGGAGUACUAUGCCCACCUUUUUAUUCCUUUAUGGUGCAGUGUUUGCCAUUGUGCAUUCACAAGUUCGCUUUGCAAUCGGGUUUAAGGUGCAUUAUGCAUUACUAUGCCUUCUUUGCAUUCCUCGUAUGUACAAAUAUUACAUUUAUACUGAAGACCGAUUGGCAAAGCGUCUUGCAAAGUUAUACUUGGCCACAUUAUUGGUUGGCACCAUGUGCUGGUUAUUUGAUCGUCAAUUUUGCAAGGACAUUUCAAGGUGGAGCAUCAAUCCACAGGGUCAUGCAUUAUGGCAUGUGCUCAUGGGUUUCAAUUCAUACUUUGCAAACACAUUCUUAAUGUAUUGCCGUGCACAGCAGCGGGGAUGGAAUCCAACAAUUAAGCACUUGAUAGGUUUCUUCCCCUACGUGAAGGUUCAAAAGCCAAAGUCACAGUAGUGCGCUUCUCACUCAAGACAAGCUUGUUUUCCCCUAUAGGUGUAAGGAAUGUCAGGAAUGAGCAAGCAUUUGUGAUUCUUUUCUUUUUGCACAUUUUGAAGAAUGUAUUGUAAAUGAAAAUUCUGGCAGUUUCUAAUACGGAGUAGUAUUUAAUUUUUGACUGUAAAAGUAUCCUCCUCCUCCUUGCCAUGAACCAUAUUUUAUUCUCCCACAGAAUGACAGGGACUAACUUGAAUUUGGAAGUUUUGGUUUUGCUUUGAUUCAACUGUUUGGACUCGCUGAUGUGAUCAAUGAAGUUUUGGUUUUACUUUUCUUUA